UGUAAACACAAACACAAUGGAAGUUAAUAGCAACCCAUUUUUCAACUUCAUUUUCGUUGCUAUUAUCCUUACAUUUGUUUCCAUAACCAAUGCAAAUAAAUACCAUGAGUUUAAUGUUCAAGAGCAAUCGGUCACACGGCUAUGCAAAUCUCAUACGAUAAUAACGGUCAACGGACAGUUUCCAGGGCCAACUUUGGAACUAAAUAAUGGAGAUGAUGUUAUUGUCAAAGUCACAAACAAAGCUCGUUAUAAUGUCACCAUUCAUUGGCAUGGGCUAAGACACAUGCAGAACCCAUGGGCCGAUGGACCAGAGAUGGUGACUCAAUGUCCAAUCAUGCCGGGUGGCUCAUACACUUACAGGUUCUUAAUCCAGGACCAGGAGGGCACGUUGUGGUGGCACGCUCAUAGCCGAUGGCUAAGAGCCACGGUUUAUGGUGCGCUCGUUAUUCGCCCUAAGUUGGGUGCUUCAUACCCUUUCCCUAAACCGAAACUAGAACUCCCUAUUGUUUUAGGCGAAUGGUGGAACCAAGAUAUCAUCAGUGUUCUACAACAAGCGUUGUUUAGUGGUGCGGCUCCUAACAUUUCAGACGCACUUACUAUCAAUGGUCAACCCGGUGAUCUUAUCAAAUGUUCUCAACAAGGUACCGUAAAAUAUUCUGUGAACUCGGGUGACACCAUUCUCCUAAGAGUCAUCAACGCUGCACUCAAUCAACAACUCUUCUUCACAGUCGCAAACCAUAAGCUAACCGUGGUUGCCACCGAUGCAGUCUACACCAAACCAUUCACCACCACCGUCAUCAUGGUCGGACCGGGUCAAACCACCGACGUCCUCCUGACCGCCAACCAAAAACCCGGCCGCUACUACAUGGCAGCCCGAGCCUAUGCCACCGCAAGAAACGCCCCAUUCGACAACACCACCACCACCGCCAUUUUACAGUACAAAUCCGCCACAUCACCGCCAAUCCUACCACGACUCCCCGCCUACAACGACACCAACACUGUCACCGCUUUUUCAAACCAAAUAAAGAGCCCGGGGAAGACCGAUGUCCCGUUAAAAAUAGAUGAAAACUUGUUAUUCGCGGUUGGAUUUGGGUUUUUUAACUGUUCUCCGGGACCAAGGUGUCAAGGACCAAAUAACACACGGUUUGCUGCUAGCAUGAAUAACGUGUCGUUUGUACUUCCUACACAAACUUCAUUACUUCAAGCUUACACUAACAAGAUUCCGAAUGUGUAUACUCCGGAUUUUCCGGCGACACCUCCGGUGAAAUUUGAUUUCACCGGAAAUAUUCCGCGAGGGCUGUGGCAACCUGUUCGCAGGACAAAACUUUAUAAAUUGAAAUACGGUGCUAAUGUCCAGAUAGUGUUGCAAGAUACAUCCAUCUUCUCAACCGAAGAUCAUCCUAUUCAUCUACACGGGUACCAUUUUUAUGUUGUGGGACAAGGGUUUGGUAACUUUAAUCCUUCUCGAGAUACUUCUAGAUUUAAUUUGAUUGAUCCACCACAAAAGAACACCAUUGAUGUCCCUGUUGGUGGAUGGGCUGCCAUACGUUUCGUUGCCGAUAAUCCUGGAGUAUGGUUGAUGCAUUGUCAUAUUGAUACUCAUCUGGCUUGGGGUUUUGGAAUGGCGUUCAUUGUUGAAAAUGGAGUUGGACCAUCGCAAACACUCCUGCCACCUCCGGUGGAUCUUCCUCGUUGCUGAGAUCCUUGCCAUCAAAUUCUAUCUGAUCAUUGCAUGAAUGUCAGAAUCUUUCUUCUUGUUUUGAGUUUAAGGAGUUUACAAUUUCUAUUGUACGGAUGUUUUCUUGGUUUUCAAGAUUUAUGUUGAUGGAUUCUUGUUAAUUAGUGUGUAGUCUCGAAAGAUAUAUGUCUCCCUGUAUGAGAGAUUAAAGAUAUAUGUCGAUCGAAUAUCUGGUUUUAUCGAACU